AACCAUAGCCCAUUAAUGAGUUUUGGAGCCAGUUUCGUCAGUUUUUUGAAUGCCAUGAUGACGUUUGAAGAAGAGAAAAUGCAGCUGGCAUGUGAUGACUUAAAGGCUACAGAGAAACUUUGUGAAAGUGAAGAAGCUGGAGUUAUAGAAACAAUCAAGAAUAAGAUUAAAAAGAAUGUUGAUGGACGAAAAUCCACUCUGUCCAUGAUAGAUCGUCUACAAAGACAAAUAAUUGUAGCAGACUGUCAAGUCUACUUGGCUGUGCUCUCAUUUGUAAAACAAGAGUUAUCAGCAUAUAUAAAAGGUGGGUGGAUACUCCGAAAAGCUUGGAAAAUUUACAAUAAGUGCUAUACGGACAUUAAUACACUUCAGGAAAUAUAUCAGAAGAAAACAACUCAGGAAUCCUUGACUUCUGAUGCUGCAAAUGAUAAUCAUAUUGCUGCAGAAGGUGUAACGGAGGAUUCGCUAAACAGACUGAAAGGUGCUGUUAGCUUUGGAUAUGGACUUUUUCACCUUUGCAUAUCCAUGGUGCCCCCAAACCUGCUCAAAAUCAUCAACCUGCUGGGUUUUCCUGGAGACCGCCUACAGGGGCUUUCCUCACUGAUGUAUGCAAGUGAAAGUAAGGACAUGAAGGCCCCUUUAGCUACAUUAGCUCUGUUGUGGUACCACACAGUUGUUCGUCCCUUUUUUGCCCUUGAUGGCAGCGAUAACAAGGCAGGCUUGAAAGAGGCAAAAGAAAUUCUUGCAAAAAAGGAAUCUGCUUAUCCAAAUUCCUCUCUGUUCAUGUUCUUCAAGGGAAGAAUACAGCGAUUAGAGUGUCAAAUCAAUAGUGCCUUGACCUCGUUUCAUACCGCUUUGGAACUUGCAACAGACCAAAGGGAGAUUCAACAUGUCUGCCUAUAUGAAAUAGGUUGGUGCAGCAUGAUAGAGAUGAAUUUCAAAGAUGCGUUUGAAUCCUUUGAAAGGCUUAAAAACGAAUCCAGGUGGUCCCAGUGCUACUAUGCUUAUUUAACAGCAGUGUGUCAAGGAGCCACUGGUGAUGUCAAUGGUGCUCAGAAUGUGUUCAAGGAAGUUCAGAAGCUUUUCAAAAGAAAAAACAAUCAGAUUGAACAAUUUUCAGUGAAAAAGGCAGAUAGAUUUAGAAAACAAAUGCCAACCAAAGAGCUCUGUGUCCUGGCAUCCAUUGAAGUACUGUACUUAUGGAAAGCCCUUCCAAACUGUUCCCUAUCGAACUUACAGCAUAUGAGCCAAGCUUGUCAGGAUGUUGAUGACUCAUCGGCUGUUGGUUUGAGGAAUUUGCUUCUUGGUGCCAUACACAAAUGCUUAGGAAAUUCUGAAGAUGCUGUUCAGUUCUUUCAGCGAGCUGCUAAAGAUGAACUGUGCCGUCAGAACAACUUAUACAUCCAGCCAUAUGCUUGCUAUGAACUUGGCUGUCUUCUGUUAGACAAUCCAGAGACUGUGCCAAGAGGCAAAACCUUACUUCUCCAAGCCAAGGAGGAAUUUACUGGCUAUGACUUUGAGAACAGAUUGCACGUCCGCAUACACGCAGCCUUAGCCUCUCUAAGGGAAGUAGUUCCACAGUGAUGGACAGGACGUCUUGUUAUCCUUUCCCACAGUUUCUGCACUUUAAGAUGAAGCAGAAGAAAAAGCUGUUGGGAAGACCAGCUUUUCUUCUGAAAACCACUUGUGCCAGAGACACUUUCCUAGUAUGGUCAGAGUUGGUGUGGCUUAGUGUAAAACAUUACAAUUUUAACUAAAAGUAGAUCAACCAGAAAGAAGGUUAAGUGACCUUGUGUUUUUAACUCUUCAGUUUUUAUUUUGUUUAAACCAAGCUGAACAUGAUUACUUGUAACUCUGUGGGUGAGCCUAAAUAAGCACACAUGAUUUACUUUGACAAUAUUGGCAGGUGUGAUUUUAAAAUAAUCUGGAUCUAAAAUAUGCCAAGAGGAGCACUUCUGUUUUCAUUAUAAUAAUACAAUAAAAGUAAUUGGUGUAAAUGCUGAA